AUGACUGCGGACCAGACACAAGGUAGCGCCGACUCCACGCGCCUCCAAAGCAGACAGCUCACCCCGACAGAUGACCGGCUCAUUGUUUUCUUUGACAUCGACAACACGCUCUACUCUGCGAGCUCCAAGAUCUCGGAGGCGAUGGGCACGCGCAUCCACGCGUACUUCCUCACCCUCGGCCUCUCCGACGAAGAAGCCUCCGACCUGCACCACAAAUACUACUCGCAGUACGGCCUCGCGCUGCGCGGCCUCACGCGCCAUCACAACGUAGAUCCAUUAGACUUUGACCAGAAAUGCGACGGGUCGCUCCCGCUCGAGGAGAUGAUCAAGCCCGACCCGGCGCUGCGCCAGCUCUUCCUGGACAUCGACCGCUCGAAGGUGCGCGUCUGGGCGCUCACGAACGCGUACCGCACGCACGCGCAGCGCGUCCUUCGCAUACUGCACCUCGAGGACCUGAUCGACGGGCUGAUAUUCUGCGACUACGCCGAGCCCAACUUCGUGUGCAAGCCCGAGCCGGAAUACUACCACCAGGCGCUGAAAAAAGCAAACGUCAGAGACCCCGCGCGGUGCCUCUUCAUCGACGACAGCCUCACGAACGUCAAGGCCGCCGCGCGCCUCGGGUGGGGCCGCUGCGUGCACUUCUGCGAGACGGGCCUCGAGGCGAUGGAGGGCGGGCGCAUGAAGCGCAUCGGCGGCGGCGACCUGCAGAGCGCGCCGGACCCCGCGCUCGAGGACCGGAUCGAGGCCGUGAGCGAGCUGAGGCAGCUGCGCGACGUGUGGGCAGACAUCUUCGCGAAGUAG